CGCUUGACCAAGACACCAUCCUUAAUAUCGCGACCUCCAUCAGCUCUUUAUACUCAUUGCUCGUACGAUUCCAGAACAUCAUCGUUGACCUCGUCACAUUAACUACAUUUUAGCUUGCAUGUUGGCUCAUGUUCCUCCGCCUAUCACACCUAUUCAACUUCUAGCGACCUUCCAUCAAGGUCAUAUUCCCCCGCAAACACCAUCGGUCAAGGACACUCAAUUACCACAUCAAGACAUAGGCGACGUAGGAUCGCGUCGUCACAAUCCUGGAAAUCAGAAAGCUUCACAUGCCCCCUCGGCCGAGAAACACCAACUUACGCAACGUGCUCAGCUCCCCCUCCAAGAACAACAAACACCCAUCCCGCGCCGUCCCCAUCACGAACACAUGCUUAGCCAGCAGUUCACGACACCUCCAAGCCGAGGAGCGCAGGGAUCUUACCCCAGAUUCCGGCCUUCCUACCCCCUGAACGCCCCCGCUGAUCUGCCCUCUUUCCCCUCAUGCAAGCCUUGCAAGGUGCCUGCCGAUGUGACUUGCCCGACACAAGAGUAGGUGCGCAAAUGCCCGCCAUUGGACGGCGUAAACACAGUCCGGCUCCGGCAUUGGCCUUUUCUUCGCGACUCGGGGCGGCUGGCUGACUGUGAGGGCGGCCAGACGUCAUGGUUGGUGCGAGUUGGCGGGCUUUUAGCCUUUUUGGACCUGAGCCAAUGGUUCCUCCGAGCUUUUACUUCGUCUAAUGAGGCGAUUAACAUUGGAGGAUGCGAUGGCAGGUUUGUCAUUUCCUUCGGUUCUGACGAAAUGUGUGAAGGUGACUGAGAUUCGGGUGGCUUAAUA